AUGGUUGAACAUCAAAUAGGCCAAUCCAUAGAAGUUUACAUUGAUGAUAUGCUAGUUAAGUCCCUGCGAGUAGAGGACUAUUUGACUCAUUUGCAAGAAUCAUUCGACAUCCUUAGGAGCUACAACAUGAAGCUCAACCCCGAGAAAUGUGCCUUCGGAGUAGGAUCUGGUAAAUUUUUAGUCUUCAUGGUGUUGAAUAGAGGGAUUGAGAUCAGCCCCGACAAAAUCAAGGACAUUGAAGAAAUCACGAUGGUGAACAACGUGAAGGCCGUACAACGGCUGACUGAGCGGAUAGCUGCCUUAGGUCGAUUCAUCUCGAGAUCGUCAGAUCGGAGUCAUCAUUUUUUCUCCCUGCUCAAGAAGAAAAACAGCUUUGAAUGGACUCCGGAAUUCCAACACGCUUUAGAGGAAUUAAAGCGGUAUCUCUCGAGCCCGCCUUUGCUCUACACCACGAAGGAAGAUGAAAUGUUGUACCUAUAUCUGACCGUAUCCGAAGUAGCGGUAAGCGGUAUGUUGGUUCGGGAAGAACAAGGUACGCAAUUCCCUGUUUAUUACGUAAGUCGGACUCUAGGAGACGCUGAAAACAGAUUGGCCAAAUGGGUCAUUGAUCUCGGAGGGUAUGAUAUCGAGUGCCAACCCCGUACGGCUAUCAAGUCCCAAAUUCUGGCGGACUUCGUGGCCAACUUUAUGCCUGCCCUCAUGCCCGAGGCAGAGAGAGAACUCUUGCUAAGAACGGGCACGUCUUUGGGAGUAUGGACCCUUUUCACCGACGGUGCCUCGAAUGUGAAUGGGUCCGGACUCGGGAUUGUUCUAAAACUGCCUAUGGGCGGUAUGAUUAGGCAAUCUAUAAAAACUCUGAAUUUUACUAACAACGAGGCCGAUUAUGAGGCUAUAAUUGCAGUUCUCGAACUGGCCAAGAGCCUAGGAGCAGAAGUCGUUGAAGUAAAAUGUGACUCCCUUCUGGACGAGUCCACAAAAAAGACCAUCAUCCAAAAAUUGAAAAGGAGGUUAGAAAAUGCGAAGGGAAAAUGGAGAGAGGUAUUUCCUGAAGUACUAAGGGCAUACCGAAAAACUGGAAAGUCAAGCAUAGGGGAGACACCGUUCUCUUUGGUAUACGGGUCCGAGGCAUUGAUACCAGUCGAGGUCGAAGAGCCAAGCACCAGAUUCCGACAUGCCACUGAGGACUCAAACAGUGAAGCCAUGACCGUAGCCCUCGAUCUACUAGAUGAAAAGCGAGAGGCUGCACUAGUUUGA